GUUCAAGUUAUUGAAUUGUCACCUUAACAUCUUUAAUCCUCAAAUCCAAAUAGGCACCAAGAUUGAAUUUUGCCUAGACAAAAAACAAGUAAUCCUUAAUACCUAGUUUUUCUCUGAACUAAGCUCAUGUUCACUUUGGACACAUUUUCAUCGUCUUCGGACGGCCGCAAUCUCUUCAAUCAGGCACCACCCUCCUCUGAGAUCGUCAUUCAACUCCGAUAUGUGACAAUCACUACAGCUAGCUUUCUCUGGAAUUGAAGUAAAAUUCUACUUUCUCUGAGAUAGUAUCAUAAUACUUUAUUGAGAAGUAUGGAUUCUGAAGAGUCGGUAUCCAGCCAAAAGAGCCAGCCCCGCUCUGAUGCUGGGGCUAGGACAGAUCAUGGAGAUACUCAGAGCAUCUCGUCUAGUGGACGAUCUAAAUCCAUAUCCGACUCCAGAGAUUUCUCAGGCCAGGACAGUGUUGAAGAUCAUCGUAACAUGAUGAUUGCUAGUCUACUCGAGGACUACAUUCGCACUCGUGCCGCCGAGGUUCUCAAUGCUGCUAAUCCGGGUAAGAACUUCACCAGACAAUCACCGGAGAUCCAGCCGUUAGCCCGUCAACUUUUUACAGAGGCAAGCCGCAAGCUUUCAUCGAACGGGAUCAUGGCAGAGUUUGCUGCUUCCGAUGGUGGUAUAGGAACUCGCCGUCAAUAUUUAUCAGCUGUAGAUAAUCUAGUGGCUAAUUCCCAAACCCUUACUUCAAGUAUAUCCGAACCGAUGCGCGGCUUUAUCUCUCAAACGUCCCAGCUAACACUCGUUCCACACCCGGCUGAACUGGGUCUACAGUUGGAGCCACAGCAGAGUCACUACCAGUCCUCGUUUCGCGAGCUUGCUCUUCUCGGAAAAGGUGGUUUCGGAAAAGUUUAUCGAUGCUUCAAUCCAUUAGAUCAGAAGACGUACGCAGUGAAGAAGAUUCAGUUAUCCCCAAAGCUUGGGAAGAGAUUUCGCGAUGGAAGACUUGAAGAGCUUCAGCAUAUUCUACGUGAAGUUCAAGCUCUAGCCACACUAGAUCAUCCAAAUAUCGUCCGGUAUCACGCUACCUGGCUUGAGGAUCCUCACCAAUUUCCCUCUCCCUUCAUUAUGGACUCAAACGAUUCUGGAGCAAGGCCCCGUUCAAGCCAACGCCAACAGCUAUUGCUGAGUAACCAUCCCUUUUCUCAGGAUACCAAUGAUGAAUUCGAACCCGAACCCGAGCCCGAGCCAUCUAUAAGUGGGGGUGUAAUCUUUGAGAAAGAUACUCUCUCUCUUCCCAAUGAAGAAUCAGGUCACCAGCGCCAAUGGUUUGAACAAUCCACUUCUAGCCAUAGUGCCGCCGAGAGUCCGUCCCUGUCAAGCACUAGCGACAUAUUCACAGACGGUAAGAGCCAUCUGGAAAAAAGCAUUCGAACUCAUCAAAGGUUUGAUGCAACUGGCCACACGUUGUACAUCCAGAUGUCGCUAUAUCCCAUGACGUUGGCUCAGUAUAUAUCCAUCUCAUCCAACGAGUCCCAUGGCCCAAGACACUGCUUUCACCUAAUCCCUAGUCUUCGGCUACUCCAUUCUAUACACUCAGGGUUGCGAUAUAUCCACUCCAAAGGCUUCCUACACAGAGAUAUCAAACCAGGCAAUAUCUUCCUGUCCCUAACCGAGGAAGAGUCUCAAGGGGGAUACUGCGAUCGCUCAUGCAAUCCAUGCCAGAAAAAGACAGAUAAUGUGUCACCGCGGUGGAUCAAUGCUCGUAUCGGUGAUUUCGGACUCGUCGCCCAAUUAGCCCGCGGUGAAUUGCCCCUAUCAUCUUAUGCAGAUGAUGAUACCACGUCAGCAUCGAGUAAACGCCCUGUCGGUACCACGAACUACCGACCACCACCAUUCAAAGGCGCCGACGACGAAAAGGUCGACAUAUACGCCCUGGGUGUCGUGUUUGUCGAGAUGCUAUGCCGCUGUAACACGGCGAUGGAACGUGCCGAGAUGUUCAAAGGGCUGCAGCUUGGCCGCGUGCCGUCGGGUCUCGAGAAAGGUUUGGCAAGUGAGGGUCAUCCCGCUAAAGUCGUUGAUGAAGUCGUCUCGCUUGCAACCGAGAUGGUCCAUCCUAAUCCUCGUGAGAGAUGGUCCAGCUCCCAGGUAGAUAAGGCUGUUGAAAAAGUCCUAAGUAGACAUGAUAGUUCAUAGUUACCUUCCUACAUACCUAGGUACCAUUUGAUAUUGUAAAGUUGGUAUUGAGGAAGACUUUCUUCAGUCAGCCAACUUCAAUCUCCUCUCCUAGGCGACCAUAACUUACGCAAAACUCCUAUCAAAGUCGUACACAUGAUUAAACUUGUUUGCACAUUCGCCACAUA